UUUACUGAAUCUCACGCCAAAGUUAGAAUUGACCUCAAUGGACUCAUUCGCUCUCGCUCCUAACUCGAUAAUCCGGGUAAAUAAAUAAUCCGUGUAGGCUAAUCCAUUUAUAUUUGUCUUGUUGCAAUGAACGGGGUCACGUAGGUGUGAGAAGGGGAGCGAGGAGGAGGAGGAGGAGGAGUAACAGCGCCGCUGAUGAAGCCGCAAUUAGUUGAAUCGAAGGAAUCUCCACCUCAGCGAACACCUCACUCGGUUGCAGGCAACCAAGAAGAAGCCGUGACAUGGCCGCUUGUCGACGGAACCGACUCAAACUUUUCCUCAGCGGCGCUGCCUUGCUGGCUUUACUUUUCCUCUACUUUGGCGAACCUCCCGACACCGACCCCCACGUCCUCGAGGCACGCGAGUCGUACCUGAGGAGGCCGGUUUACGAGAAGCCCCCGCUGCUGCCGGACGCCCCCGGGGCGCUGGGCAGUGCCGUGCUGUUGACGCUGACCGGCGACGAGAAACGCAAGCAGGAAGAGAGCAUCUCCAAGCAUCAGAUCAACAUCUACGUCAGUGACAUGAUCUCACUGCAUCGACGCCUCCCGGAGAGGUGGAACCCGCUGUGCCGAGACGUGCUCUACGACUACCACCAUUUGCCCAGCACCUCUGUCAUCAUCACCUUCUACAACGAGGCCUGGUCCACGCUGCUCAGGACAGUCCACAGCGUCUUGGAGACGUCUCCCGACAUCCUGCUCAAGGAGCUGAUCCUGGUCGACGACUUCAGCGAAGCAGAUCACUUGAAAGAGCCUUUGGAGAAAUACCUGAGAGGCUUGCGGAAGGUGCGUCUGAUCCGGGCCACCAAGCGGGAGGGCCUAGUGCGAGCCCGCCUGCUAGGGGCGUCCUACAGUACGGGCGACAUUCUGACCUUCCUGGAUUGCCACUGCGAGUGCCACGAAGGCUGGCUGGAGCCUCUCCUCCACAGGAUCAAAGAGGAGCCGACAGCAGUGGUGUGUCCCGUCAUUGACACCAUCGACUGGAACACUUUCAAAUAUUUGGGCAACCCUGGCGAGCCUCACAUCGGCGGCUUCAACUGGGGGAUGGUCUUUACGUGGCACACAAUCCCAGAUCACGAGAGGAAACGGCGCAGGUCGCCCAUCGACGUCAUCAGGUGCGGCAAACGCCGUCCUCAACUUUCACGCAAAGAUCCUGCAACAUCUUUUCUCGUUGUUAGGUCCCCCACUAUGGCGGGCGGUUUAUUUGCUGUGAGUAAGAGCUACUUUUCCUACUUGGGCACGUACGACACGAGCAUGGAAGUGUGGGGAGGGGAGAACCUGGAAUUCUCCUUCCGGAUCUGGCAGUGCGGCGGCAGCCUCGAGGUGCACCCGUGCUCGCACGUGGGCCACAUCUUCCCCAAGGCGCCGCCGUACUCGCGCAAGAAGGCGCUGGCCAACAAUGUGCGCGCCGUCGAAGUGUGGCUGGACGACUACAGGGAGGUCUACUACAACCGCAACCGUCACGCCCGAGCGGAGAACUUCGGCGACGUGUCAGAGCGCCUUCGGUUGCGGGAGAAGCUGGGCUGCAAAAACUUCAAGUGGUACCUGAACAACAUUUACCCUGAACUCUACGUCCCAGAGGACCGGCCGGGAUUUUUCGGAAUGUUAAAAAAUGUGGGCAAGGCAGAUUUUUGUUUAGACUACAACCCUCAAGGCGAGAGCAAAACAGUGAUUCUAUAUCAUUGCCACGGCUUGGGCCAGAACCAGUUCUUUGAAUUCUCGUCGGACGGAGCCCUCCGUUACAACAUGGGUGACUCCUGCGUGGAAGGCGACAAAGUCAGUGCCUAUCUAACCGUGCAGCUCUGCGCCAAAACCACAGAGCCGGUACUGGCGCAACAGAAGUUCAACUUGAGGGAGGAUGGCAGACUACUGCACUUGGACAGCCUGAAGUGCGUGGAAGCGCUGGAGCGGACGGACAAAGGCGUACCGGCACCGAUGCUGCGGCCAUGCUCGGACAGCCAGUUCCAAAAGUGGACCUUUCAGCCCAUGUGAUGGUAUCGUUCUUCACUUUUUGCCACCUCCUCAUGUUUUUGCGUGGUCGGUCAGUUGGUUCUGACGAGUCCUUUGUGAAGACUGGAGGAAUUUAUUUUUAUGAACAGCUGUGUGGUUUGUGCAGUUUUUUUUUUAAUGAAGAUGGAGAAUGAAGUGCAGAGUUUGCCCAGCAGAGAGCGCCCAAGCUCCUCCAUCAAACUUGGACAAACUUGAGAAUCAGCCUGCUAAAUGUUUACACUGAAAGAGAAUUUGCCUUUUUGGGCGUGCAGCUUCAACAGACUAAAAGCAAAGCCAUUUUUUGAAGUCUUUGUUCUUUAGGUUUACUAUUUCACUGUUCACUUCCCCUUUUCUACACUUUUGUUUGAAAUUGUUAUUCUUUGUUCACUUGGCUUUCAUUGUUUACUUCCCCUUUUCUACACUUUAGUUUGAGUUUGUUAUUCUUUUUUUACUUGGAUUUCUUUGACGGCGUUUUAAUUUAAUUUUAAUUACCUCCCACCCCGUAUUUCCAUGAAAUCAAUCGACCAUCUAGAAUUCUGGGGCGUAAAAUUAAUUUUUGUUGCAGCCCACUUGGUUUCCCCAGUAGUCAGUGAAAACUGAAACUAUAAACAUGUAUAGUGGUUUCAUUCCAUUAUUGCACAGAGGGAAAACAAGAUGAGUAACUAGUUUUGGAUUCAGAAUUCAAGUAAAACACUUAAGUCAUUCACUGCCAUCCAUUUUCAAACCAGAGUUACCCAUUACCAGCUUGAUUUGGAUUAAUCGCUUAAGGCCCUCCGACUAUUGUGAUCUUUGACAAAACAAGUACAGAAGCUACCAGAAGAAAAAGUCAUUUGUCUUUAAUAACCAGGAAAAUUGUUUUUUUUCCCCGCUCUUGACGAAUCAGCACGAAGCCCCGCUUCCCUAUUUUUAGCUGAUGUGACAUUGCCCUCUGCUGGCAUCUGUUUGUCAUGACAGUUAGCUUUGUCACGACAGUUAGCUUAAUUUGCAGUUAGAUGGUCAGAAAAAAAGAUUGACAAUGCAACCAGGGAAUGUCUUGUAAGGAGAUUCAAAUCGCACACAGAAGGGAGGGUUGGCAAGUAUGUUUCCACACAUUAGUUUUUAAUCUAACAAAUACUUUCUUCUCUCUCGCUUCUUUUAAGUUGUUAAAUGACAAAUUAAGCUGUCACUAACCGUGGUGGCCUUUAUUAAGCGUUUAUUUGCAAAAGGAACAAGUAUGUUUCCACACAUUAGUUUUUAAUCUAACAAAUACUUUCUUCUCUCUCGCUUCUUUUAAGUUGUUUUAAUAUGACAAAUUAAGCUGUCACUAACCGUGGUGGACUUUAUUAAGCGUUUAUUUGCAAAAGGAACAUUUCUUGAAUGUCUUUGUUCUUGCUACGGGUGCAAUAAAUUUGAACCGCAUCACUAUG